CCCACACCUGACCAACAAGCCAUGGAUCUUCCUUCCGCACAGCUACAGCAAGAACUCCGCGACGCGAUAACCAGAGAGCUCCAAACCCGACGACCGCUUCUUCACCACCUCAACGCCGACAGCAGUUGGCUGCUCCAGAUCCCGCGCCCUCUCGCCGCGACGAAACGCGGCGGCCGCGUCUACUACAACAUCCUACUCGAUCCUUGGCUCGCUGGUGGCCAGUCCGACAUCGCAAGCUGGUUUUCACAACAAUGGCACGCUACGGAGAGCGCGACGCCUUCGGUAGCGGCGGUGGAAGAGUUGGCGCGGGAGACUGAGAAGGGCAGAGAGCCCAAUGGGCCGGACACGGGCUCGGAAAUACAGACGUUUGUCGACGCGGUCGUUGUCAGUCAUGAGUUUACGGAUCACUGUCACAGGGAAACGUUGACUACUGUGGAUCCAGACGUGCCGGUAUUUGCGACACAGAAAGCAGCCGAUCUCAUCAGGUCCUGGAACCAUUUUCGCCAAGUCUCAUUGAUACCACCGUUCACGAAGGAGGACGCCGACUGGCGCUCCGCAGCGCUCCCACCUCUACCGGAAUGGCUCAGCAUAUCGCGACUUCAGGAACCUGGAGACGCAUUGUACUACCACUCCGCGGUCAUGAUCGCAUUCAACACGGCACUUCCGCAGCCCACACAAGACCACGCAUCGAGUUCCGCGCGUACAAUGCCAAAUGGCUGGUCCGCGCCCAUUGACGGCGCUGACGCAGCCGAAUGCGUAAUCUAUACGCCACACGGAAUCCGCGCCGAGGCCGUGGAGCCCGUCGCAGAAGCUUCGCCGUCGUUGUCGACCCUAGCCUUCUUGCAUGGCCUGCAUGACAUUACGCUCGGGAAGGCGCAGCAACUGAACCUGGGCGGGAAGAACGGUCUGCAGUGUCAGAGGAUUCUGCGCGCCAAGUAUUGGGUCGGCACACAUGAUGAGGUGAAGAAGGGGUAUGGACUUGUCAGCUGGUUUCUGAAGAGGAAGAUCAUCAGCGUGGAGCAUGCCAUAAAGGAAGAACAGAAUAAUGGUCUGUAUAGGCCUGAAAAGGGUGACGAAGCUUUGUGGAAGGAUGUCAGCUUCACGGAGGUCCCGAACGGCGAGUCGAGGGUGUUGAGGUAGAAUGUUGCGCGGCAAUGACUGCGUACUGCUCUCAUGGCACGAUGGGCUCUUUCUACCAUCAACUACAUUGGACACUCAUUUCUUUGAUCCGCGAUGGACUUUGACCUUUUGGUCUUUACAUUAUCUUUUUAAUCGGAUAAUUGUUGAAAGGCAAGCACACUUGUCUAUAUUUGAAUGGGGUAUUCAAAGGAAGUAUCUCGAAUAUUGGAGGCGGGAGUAAGUCGUAUCAUGUGUAACGGCCUUCGGCUUUCAAAUUCCAGCACGGAAGAAUAACAUUUACAAUUAAUCGGAG